CUAGUUUAGAUCCAGCAUCAGAAGGACAACGUGGUGCAUCCAGAUCGAAAUUAGACCGUCUUUCAAUAAAUACUGAUGUUCCAAGUGAUCUAGAUCUACAAGAAACAGAGCAAUUAUGGACUAUUGCUAAUACUAAUCAGCUUACUGAUUUGAUGUCGGAUGCAUUAUGCCCUAAUUGUUUUCAGUCUAGUUUGACUAUUAGAGUUAUAAAAGAUGAAAACAUGGGGUUCGCAUCAAAGUUGAAGUUAUGUUGUAGAUCUAGUAGUUGUGGAUAUACUAAAUCAAAGUUUUCAUCUCCAAGAAUACAAAAAAGUAACUGUUCAAAUGUUGCAUUUGAAAUAAACACCAAGAUGGUUUUAUACAGCCAUGAGAUAGGAAAGGGUUUCACUUCGCUGCAGACAUUUAGCAGCGUCCUAGGAAUUUCUGGAAUCAGCCAGAGAGCCUUUAAAGACCAUGAUAAUAAAAUCACAGACUGUGAAGUGGAAUCUGGGGAAGACAUGCUCUACCGCACAGCCAACGCCAUACGUCAAGCUUAUGCAGAGACGGAUGAUGACAUUAGGGAAGCCAUUGAACGAGGAGAAAACCCUUUGAUUGACAUUUCAGUCAGUUAUGAUGGGACCUGGCAAAAGCGAGGCUUUACAUCGCUUUAUGGUGUAGGUGUCUGCAUCGAUUUACUAACAGGUCUUGUUGUCGACUUCGAUAUUAGAUCUAAGUACUGCCAUGCAUGCCACAUACAGAAAGCUGAGAGCAUGAACGCAACUGACCUCGCAGUUUGGAAAGAACAGCAUGAUUGCUGUACUAAUCACCACAAAUCCAGCAAGUCUAUGGAACAGGACAGUGCUGUAAUUCUGUGGAAUCGUUCUGUGGCAAAAUAUAAUUUUAGAUAUGUGGAGAUGCUGAGUGAUGGAGAUUCUUCUGCUUUUAAAGCUGUGCUUGAGUCUAAGCCAUAUGCUGAUAAAGCUGUUACUAAACUUGACUGUAUCAAUCAUGCCCAUAAACGUAUGGGGACAGCGCUUCGAAAACUUGCCAAAGAAAGCCAUCUUGGUGGCAGAGGAGUUGGCAGGUUAACAGAAAAAAAAUGUGACAGUUUGCAAAAUUUUUAUCGUGGUGCUAUAAUAGACAAUAUUCCAGAUGUGUCCAAAAUGAGGAAUGCUGUUUGGGCAGGAUUAUACCACUCCAUGUCUACAGAUACUGAACACCAUCAUCGACAAUGUCCAUUAGGAGAAAAUAGUUGGUGCUGGUACCAACAAGCGAUUUCGUUGGGACAAGACCCUGACAGCCACUCUAAUCAUAAGGCAUCAACAUUUUUGUCUCUAGAGGUGGCUCACAAGCAAAUUCCAAUUUAUCGAAGAAUGUCAGAUGAGUCCUUGCUUCAACGAAUGGCUCAUGGUGGUACUCAAAACAACAACGAAAGCCUUAAUGCUAUGAUUUGGACGAGAUGUCCUAAAACAAGUUUCAUGGGACUUGGCAGAGUGAAAGGCAGUGUUGCUAGAGCUGUGUCAAUAUUUAAUGCUGGCGCCAAUGAAUUAAUUAACGUGAUGAAUAAGAUGCAUAUUGAUGUUUCUUAUGUAACAUUAAAUAAUUUAAAAAAGGUCAAUGAUAAAAGAAUUAUUCAGUCUGACACUACUAGCCAAGAGGAUUAUAGAAAAAGAAGAAAGACUGUUUCUUUAACACGGUUUGAAAAAGUCAGAGAGGAAUUGGCCAAAGAUGGGAAUGUAUAUGGUGCUGGUGCUCAUUAGCAAUACUACUGUCAAUAUUUUUUUGUAUUAUAUAAUUUUUUUUGUUUUUAUUCAUUAUUGUUAGAGCAUAUUGACAGUUUAGUUGCUGUUUUAAUUAUUUGAAACAAAAAUGUAAUAACUAAUUUGUAGCAAAAUUUAAACAACACCAUCUGAUUAUGUUUAUGUAAAUAAUAUAGAUCAACAAACUUUUUCAAAUAUAUUAUGAUACCUUAAUUCAAGAGAAAAUGUUAGCAAGUUUUAUCUAAACUGACAAUUAUAUAUAUGCUAUCUAAAGAACUCCCUAGAUGAAUAGUAGAGAUAUAACAGAACUACUGAACAGUUAUCAUGAGUUUCAGAUUUUGAGUUAGCGCUUUUUUCUUAUUUGACAUUGUUAUAUAUAUGACAUUUUUUCAUUUUAAUCUUCUGUGAACUUCAAGCAAGCUCUUUUCUUUAGUAUUUAAUAUUUAUUGUUGCAAAUUGUUUGGGUUUUUAGAUUGCACACCGGUACAUCCUACAUUCUUAUCAAGUUUUUUUUUCUUUAUGGUUGCUAAAUGUUAUACCCGGUAUAUAAUAUAUUAUUUUAUAAUGUAAUCUGGAUGGAAUAUACUAAAUAGCUAUUUUUAAAAGCUGCUAUACUAAAGUGUAAAUAACAUAUAUUUGCUAUUCAGUGAUUUUCUGAAUAAAUUUUUGUAAUUGAAUUUUUUUUCUUUCUUUUUUUGUAUUUUUGUAUAUAUCUCUAUCUGCCAAACGCUAAGGCUCUGAAACUACUUUUGGAACUUAUUUGAUAUUUGGCAUAAUUAUUCUGUACAUAUAUAUCUACAUAUGCAUGCAAAAACUUUUUGAUAUUUGCGUAAGUUGGAUUUUUGUUUGAAAUACUACUCUGUAAUACAAUUGCGUACAAUUUACGUUUUAUUAUCCCAAUUAGUUGCUAUACUUAUAUGAAAUUUAGAAUAUGCUCUUUACUAAAUAUAGCUAUUUUUAUUAUGUUUUCAGAUACUUAUUAUACUAACCUAUAAAUUACAUGCAUGUUAUCUAGUAUUUUCCUGACAAAAUUUUUGUAAUUGAAAUUUUUUUUUUUUUUUUUUUCAUUUUCUUCUUUUUUUGUUUUUGUAUUAUACCUCUAUCUGCCAAACGCUAAGGCUCUGAAACUACUUGAGCUACAUACUUCAUAUUUGGCAUACUUUUUCUGUACAUAGAUAUCUACAAAUGCAUGCAAAAACUUUUUGAUAUCUCAAUAAGUAGAUUUUUUGUUUGAAAUAUUACUCUGUAAUACAAUUGUGUACAAUUUGCGUUUUAUUUUACCAAUUGGUUUCUAUAUUUAUAUGAAAUUUAGAAUAUGCCCUUUACUAAAUAUUGAUAUUUUUUUAAUGUUUUCAGAUAGUUAUUAUACCAACCUAUAAAUUACAUACCUGUUAUUUGGUAUUUUCCUGACAAAAUUUUUGUAAUUGAAAUUUUAUUUUGUUUUUUUGCAUUUUCUCCUUUUUUUUGUUUUUGUAUUAUAUCUCUAUCUGCCAAACGCUAAGGCUCUGAAACUACUUGAGCUACAUACUUCAUACUUGGCAUACUUAUUCUGUACAUAGAUAUCUACAAACGCAUGCAGAAACUUUUUGAUAUUUGAAGUAGUUUUUUUGUUUUAGCGUUUCAAAGUUUAGAAUUAUGAAAUAUUUAUGUAUUUUUCAUGGUUGCAACACUAAAAAAAUCAUUAAAAAAAGACAAUAAAAGAUAACAAUAUUUCC